AUGGCGAUUUUGAACCAGUUUCUCACUUCCUAGAUAACCUCAAAAUAUGAUUUGUGGUCAACAUGAAAAUUCAUAAUCCAUAUUCAAAAGUAAGAAUUUCUAAAGAUAUUUUGCCAAAAGAAUUAUUAAUUUAUAUACUGGUGUGGUCCUCUGCUGUUUUUUAUGCGAUCACUUGUUUUGCAAAUGAGAGUAACAAAUAUUUUCAGUAUUAUGAUGACGCAUAUUCAGAUUUCACCCAAGGCUGGUCUUUCUUAAACAGAAAAAAAGAUGUAGCAGACUUUGAAUGGCAGUCCAUGAAGUUUUUGAUUAAGAAUUUAUGUUUAUGGGUUGUUUUAUUAUCAGUUGUAUCAGAAGUUUUACGAAAAUAUAGUUUUAUCAGGAUUCUGCAGUUGUGGCAAAUUGUGGUUACAGUAUUAUUCAUAAUAAAUAAUUUAGGUGUUAUUGCAUUGUUGGUGAUACUUCUACAGCCUGUAAUAUUUUCAUUUGUGUUGACUAAGCACAGUAAACUUAUGAUUUGGUUGUGCAAUGGCAUUGUUCUAGUACUAAUUUCCAUGUAUAAAAAUUUUAUUGCGAAAGAAGAGUUUUUCAUCAUAUUCAAGCUAAAGGAACAAGCUGCUUACAUAACUAUAAUAACAAUAUUUUGGAUGAAUUUGCGAUGUGUUAGCUAUGGUUUAGAUCUGAUCGAUUCUAAAGGGAAACAAGAUUUUGUAGCAUUUUUAUCAUAUUGUUUGUAUCUCCCAAAUGCAUUAACUGGACCGUUUAUUUCUUACAAAGAUUUUGUUACUUCUCAUAAGCAUAGUAAUAAUUUAUUCAGCCGUCUUUCACAAUUAUUUCUGGAUGUUAGUAGGUUUUUAUUUUGGUUGUUUUUUACUGAAUUAUGUUUACAUUUUAUUUACGUAAAUGCUACGGGAUUUCACCCUGAGUGGGUUGAAUCAUUGGAUUCGUGGUCUUUAUAUGGCUAUGGAUACACCAUGGGUCAAUUUUUUCAUAUAAAAUAUUUGGUCAUUUAUGGAUUAGCAACGAGUUUUGCAAAAUUUGAGAAUAUUAAAGUGCCUUCAUUGCCGGUGUGCAUCGGGAGAAUACACUUGUAUUCCGAUAUGUGGAAAUAUUUUGAUGCGGGGCUUUAUAAUUUCUUAUUGAGAUAUAUUUACAUCCCCACAAUGAAAAACCGAUUUAUUACUAGCCGAUCGUUGUCUAGUUUAUUUUGCUUUCUUUUUGUCUAUGUCUGGCAUGGAACCGAUAACUACAUAUUAAUUUGGACACUUUUGAAUUAUAUUGGUGUAAUAAUCGAAAACUGUAGCCACUGGUUUAAUACCAAAUAUUUACAAAACUCUAAAUUAUAUGAAAGUCUAGGCCCUAAAUGGUUCAGGCGAAUCAACUGCAUGACUGCAAGUCCUCUUUUAGCUAUGUCUGCUAUUUCUAAUUUUUAUUUUUUUGCUCGCAUCGAAAUCGGAAAUAUAUUUUUUAGUAGGUUUAUGAAUGAUAAUUCCUGGUCUAAUUUUGUAUUAUUGACCAUAUUAUAUAACUGUUGUCAAGUUUCUACUGAAGUAAGGAGGAAACAAAGGAAUUCUAAAGAUAAAAAUGCGUAAGACUGAAAGAAUUAUAGGUACUUAAUUAAAUAUUUAUUUUAUACAAUUAUUUGUAAUAAAUUUUAUCAAUAAAUAAACUUAAAAAUG